AGCUGACAUCCAAUACAUAUCAAUUUACUAUGAGGGGCCAAGGAAAGGGGUCCCCCCCUUUUCUAUGUUAUUGGGUGACACCUCAGCCCAUCAAGUUGGAAUACCGUAUCAUCCACUGUUACCAGUGGCUCAGAUUCGACCUGCUUCUUUGUUCCAACUUCCAGCCUGCAACUCACGGCGUAUCGAUCGCUGCGAAUCAAUGCACUGCCAUAAUCACACUUGCAGAUUCCGAAGUGAAUAAUUCUAACACAGUAUCCUCCGUAUAAAUUUCAGAAUUUGUGAAUGGUUGGGACUCUUCCGUAGUUUCUCCGGACUCAUUUCCUAAGCCUAUAACUCCGGCUUGACUUUCUCAGCAAAUGAUCGCCCCUUCUUCUUCUGGAAGCGAGUUCUUGGGUGUUAAGUCGAUCGUAUUUACAUUCUCAUUGCAUCCCGCAUCCGAAAAACCUAUGACCUCGCAUCUCUUCUUUCUAUCUCUUCACUUGUACUUGGGAUAAUUUUGGAUAACCGAUAUCAUGGGAAAUACACAAUCCGCCUCGACCCUAGAGACCUGCUUGACUAGUGCUGUUGGAGGAAAUGCAGAUCUUGUCGCUUUCCCUUCGAAGCCUUUGUAUCAACUGAUUGACGUGAGACCUUAUAAUCAAGACAUCAAAGUUCACCCAGUCGCUGUCACUUAUCCCGAAACUACGGAUCAGGUCUCUCAGAUUGUGAAAUGUGCUACUGCGGAAGCUGGGUAUGCUGUUCAGGCUAGAGGAGGUGGGCAUUCGUAUGGUAACUAUGGUAUGUUUUGAGAUGUUUUCCUUGUUGUGUCGUGUGAGUUGUCGUUUUGCAAGGUUCACUGAAUCACUGCCAUCGAACUGUUUGCCGGUACCACUCGAUAUUUGAUACUUGACUAACGUUUUGGUAUAGGCCUUGGUGGAGGUCAGAACUCUACUAUUGUCGUGGACUUGAAGAACUUUCAGGAUUUUUCCAUGAAUGAAAACUUCGAAGCAACAAUCGGAGGAGGUGAGUAGGAGACAACCUAGUCAUAUUCUUCACUGACAACUUGGAGGCACAAAACUUGGCGAUGUUACAAAAAGACUUCUCAACUCUGGUAAUCGAGCCAUGGCCCAUGGCACUUGUCCUGAUGUUGGGAUAGGUGGUCACGCAACAAUGGGCGGUUUAGGGCCAACAAGUCGAAUGUGGGGAACUGUCAGUUCACUCACAAACACAGCUCAGGAAAAGUACUAACAAACAUCAGGCAAUGGACCACGUGAUAGAGUACGAAGUAGUUCUCGCAAACUCGACGAUAGUCAAAGCAUCCGCAACUCAAUACCCGGAGGUGUUUUUCGCUCUCAAGGGAGCGGGAGCCUCCUUUGGAAUUGUUACAAACUUCAAAGUAGUAACACAUCCCGCGCCGGGCCAAACAGUUCACUAUUCCUACACCUUCAGUGCCCGACCAUUUGCCAAUUUAGCUCAACGCUUUAAGGACUGGCAAACGAUGAUCUCUGAUCCCAACCUCAGUCGAAAACUAGCAAGUCAAGUCACGCUUACGGAGCUCGGGAUGAUUAUCUCGGGGACCUUCUUCGGAUCAAAACCCGAAUUCGAAGCUCUUAACAUCACAUCCAUAUUCCCUGAUUCCUCAACUCAAAACGUUACUGUUUUUGAUGAUUUUCUGGGUACUGUUGCUAAUUGGGCGGAGGAUUUGGGUGUUUCUCUUGGUGGUUUGAGCACUCCCUUCUAUUCAAAGAACCUUGCAUUCACCAAAGAGGAUCUGAUUCCUGGUGAUACUAUUGAUACAUUCUUUCAGUACUUGGAUAAUGUGGAUAAAGGUACAUUGAUUUGGUUUGCGAUUUUUGAUUUAGAAGGGGGUGCUAUCAAUGGUAAGAUUCUCGCUUCCCCUUUCUGUUUAUAUACACUUGCCUCUUUCGUUCAGGAGACUGAUAUCCUUCAAGAUAUUCCCUCAAACGCAACUGCCUACGGCCAUCGCGACGCACUGCUCUACUUGCAAACCUACGGUGUUGGCAUCCCAACCCUCUCAUCGACAACCCGUUCUUUCAUCACGGGAAUGGAUGACAUUGUGUUGAACGGAAGUCAAGGCAAGAGUCUGGGAUCUUACCCAGGUUACGUGGAUCUACAACUACCGGACGCCCAGCAGAAGUAUUUUGGAAGCAAUUUGCCCGAGCUGGAGAGAUUGAAGGGGAUUCUCGAUCCCAAAGAUUUAUUCAGGAACCCGCAGAGUAUUAAGCCCAAAAUUUGA